AUGCCGGCGCCCAACAUGCCCGAGUUCCGCCAUGCCCGUAGCAGCAGCUUGAGUAUUCAGAAUAGCGCGGCGACGCCCGCUGCUCCACGCUUCGAUGGUCCUCACACGGCGCAUGUCCCCUGCAAGUUCUUUCGGCAAGGUGCUUGCCAGGCUGGCAACGCCUGUCCUUUCAGCCACGACCUUUCGACGGCAGCCGAGAACAUUUGCAAAUAUUUCGCCAAGGUUCGAGCCCUCCCUUCUCGACUGCGUCCUUCGCCGGGAAACUGCAAGUUCGGUCCGAAGCCUACGACCGCGACCCAAAGCAACUUCCAUCCCACCACGAGCGCCUUGACGAAUGGGCUUUUCCGUGCCGACAACAUCCCACCCUACACGCCGACCUACGGUGGACUUUCCGACGAACGGCACCAUCACCUUGGCCGCCAACCGAGUCUCGAGAAUGGCCUGCCCACAAUCGACACGCCCGGGUACUCUGGAUCAGUCUACGGCUCACCCCGUGAUGAUGAUGCGAGCCGCUUCGGGCUUGCCCUGUCCCCGGCCAACGCUUCGAUCCUUGAUGUUCCGCUACCUGCAUCAUUUGACUCGAAUGGCAUCUCCAACGCCGCCAGAUACCCCGCCGGGCCGUGGCCUUCUUCCGUUCCUUCCAAAUUCGGCCUCGAGUCGCCCUCUCCUUCGCUCAACGCUGCCAAGGAUGCCCGAACAUCAGAGGCGCUGAAACUCCUUCACACUUCUGCGUUUGGGAACGAUCAUCUGUCACCCAGCAUCCCGCCCUCAUCCAGCCCAUCGGGAGGCCUGGCUGAUGAGGCCUUUGGCAAGCGGUCAAUGAUGCACUCGAGCCGGUACACUAAACCUCGAGUCUUAAGCUCGAGCUUGCCCAAAGCUGCUACCGUAGACCGAGACUGGGAGGCUGAAUUCGCCUUCUUGGAGGAGGAUUACGUACCCCAGAAUCUCCAGGACCUUCUCACGCCUGCUGAAAAGGCUCGCCGCGGUUCGCUGAGGGCCGCAGAUGCUGAGCGACCGGAGGGAAUCACCAAAUAUGGAAGUCCCAUUGGAGCGGCCAGCCCUAGCCGAUGGGGUCCGUUCCUUCACCGACAAAAGGAGGAAGACCUGGAUAGUAGAGCUAUCAAGGUUUCGGCCUUUGGUCAUGUGGGAAGCCCGCUGAGAAAUUCGAGCCUUGCGGACGAGGUGGAUGCUCGACACAAUGGGCACCGCUUUUCCGGGCCCCGGUCGGGUGGCGACGCCAUGUCGGCCUUGACCCAGCAAUUACAAAAGACUCGAAUGAAUGACGACGCGACCAACCCUAUGUUACAUCCAAGCUCGGCUGUUGGGCGGAAUGCGAAUGGGUUGGCCUCGCGGGAGCGAGAUAGGACCGUCGAGCGGCACGUCUCCACCGGAUCUAUCGGCUCGGCUCUCGGUCGCAUGACCACUCCUAUCGACGAAGAAGACCCUGCCUUCCUCUUCAGGAUGGAAGAGGAGGAAGAGCAGCAGCCCAGCCAAUCGCGGAGGAGUCACUCCUCUUCCAUUGGAUGGAGCCUCGCCGGGGCCGGCAAGGUCGACUCCAAGGAUCACCGAGACUCGUCGGAGUCCGUUACCGGACGGUGA